AGAACGUCCCGCCUCGCCACCUCUUCUUCCGGAGGAGUAGUCGCUUGGAUACCAUAGCUCUGGCUUACUAAAACCACUCACUUUUACUAACCUGAUGAGACCCUCUUACUUUGCAUAGUCAUGUUUACACGCACACAAACUCCAGACCAUUGUGGGUUCUGAAGGUGGCGGAUUUUCUUGUGUGGUUGCUUGGGAAUGUGCAGAACUUGUAGUCUCAUAUGUUGAAUUGGAGGACUUUGCUGCGUAGCGGUUUGCUUCUCAGUAGGUGGACAUGGUGGAUUCUCAUUCAGUUUCCCUCUCAUUUGACCUCUUUCAAUCGAUGUCACUGUCAAGAUUGACCUUUCCUUUCGCUUCCUUCCUCCUCCUUUACAUCCUCCCUGCGUCUAUUCCUUCUAAUGCCUUGCUUGUGGGUGCUGCAGCCAUCCAGCAGCUUCACAAAGCAGAUGUGUAAUGUUUCCCCCGUCCACAUUCUGGUUGAUAGGAAGAGAGAAACAAACCGAUCAAUGAUCAUGCUUUGUGUAGAGUUUUGUGUGUCCCUGUAGAAUGUGCCUCACUGAUCAACAGCAUCAUUUUAGCAUCAAAUCCACCGUAAAUGUUUGAAAUGUUGUUAACACUUACCUCAAUCAAAGAAGGGGCUAGGCAUUAAAUGGAAGUAGGCAAUAAUUGGAUGUUAAAAACUCACAAUACAUAUAACAACUCUUUUUUUUUUUUACUUUAAUAAGGAUUUGGAGUGGAUGAAAAAGAAAAAAGGAAAACUUUUAACUGUUGUCCCUUUUUUAUCGUGGCCAUUUGUUUCUAGUAGGGAUUUCCGAUGAUAUCGGACUGCCGAUAUUAUCGGCCUAUAAAUGCUUUAAAAUGUAUUAUCGGAAAUUAUCAGUAUCGGUUUCAAAGUUAUCUGUAUUAUUUUCAAAAAGUAAAAUUGAUGACUUUUUAAAACACCGCUGUGUACACGGACGUAGGGAGAAGUACAGAGCGCCAAUAAACCUUAAAAGCACUGCCUUUGCGUGCCGGCCCAGUCACAUAAUACCUACGGCUUUUCACACACACAAGUGAAUGCAAAGCAUACUUGCUCAAUAGCCAUACAGGUCACAAUGAGGGUGGCCGUAUAAACAACUUUAACACUGUUACAAAUAUGCGCCACACUGUCAACCCACACCAAACAAGAAUGAAAAACACAUUUCGGGAGAACAUCCGCACCGUAACACAACAUAAACACAACAGAACAAAUACCCAGAACCCCUUGCAGCACUAACUCUUCCGGGACGCGACAAUAUGCACCCCCCGCUGCUCCCCACCUCCAACCCACCUCAACCUUCUCAUGCUCUCUCAGGGAGAGCAUGUCCGAAAUUCCAAGCUGCUGUUUUGAGGCAUGUUAAAAAAAAUAAUGCACUCUGUCACUACAAUAAUGAAUAUGGCAGUGCCAUGUUGGCAUUUUUUUCCAUAACUUGAGUUGAUUUAUUUUGGAAAACCUUGUUACAUUGUUUAAUGCAUCCAGCGGGAAAUCACCCAAAAAUUAGGCAUAAUAAUGUGUUAAUUCCAUGACUGUAUAUAUCCGUAUCGAUUGAUAUCGGAAUCGGUAAUUAAGAGUUGGACGGUAUCGGAAUAUCGGCAAAAAAGCCAUUAUCGGCCAUCUCUAGUUUCGAGGCAUGACCAUGGUAGAUUAAUUUCCGCUAAAUCACAUUAUUAUUAUUAAUGAAUAACAUUUUCAUAGUUGAAGCAUUAACUGUUUAUUACCUUUCAAGUACAUGUGAACAUUAUUAGAGCUCUCUAAACAUUAAAUAAUACCCAUGUAUAUCCCAAUAUAGCAGCCUUGAGUGUGCUCUACAAUAGAUUACAGUACUCACCGGUAUCCCCAAAGAUCUUCCGAGUGUAAUUGCUAUGGUUGUCAAAUGGCCACUAUAACACGACUAUGACGUGGAAAUAUUUUGACACAUUCUGGGUAAUUUCUGUAAGUUAGGACUGGGCUUCCAUUUGCUGAAACCACGGGCAUGUGGUUUUCUGAAAAUACAUAAGUCAUCGUGACAGUCCUACCUUCAUUAGCUGGGUUAACUUGUUAGCCUUCCGUGAUAUUAGCAUUGCGUGUCCUGCGUUUUCAUCCCUCACUUUAAUGCGAGGGCUGUGUAAUUGAUGUUUAAGAUGAAGUGCAUUUGAAAUGAACAAAGUUCAUCCCCACUUUGUCCGGACAGCUGCUGAUAGUUUAUAGCAGUCUUGUUAGACCAAUGCUACGUCCCGCUUUGUCUUUUGAUAUUUCUCGCAUCAAAGGCUCACCAAUGUGGAGACGUGUUAUUGAUGAGGCAGAAGUAGAAGAUGCAGUUUCAUCAAAAAGUUCUUCUGCCAAAAGUUGGUCAACUUAAUUGUUGCGGUGAAGACAGCACUGAUUUUCCAACUGUUAUUGUCAACUUUAAAGGCCUACUGAAAUGAGAUUUUCUUAUUUAGACAGGGAUAGCAGGUCCAUUCUAUGUGUCAUACUUGAUAAUUUCGCGAUAUUGCCAUAUUUUUGAUGAAAGGAUUUAGUAGAGAACAUCCACGAUAAAGUUUGCAACUUUCGGUGUUAAGAGAAAUGCCCUGCCUCUACCGGAAGUCGCAGACGAUGACGUCACAAGUGUGGGGGUUCCUCAUAUAUACACAUUGAUUUUAAUGGGAGCCUCCAACAAAAAGUGCUAUUCGAAACGAGAAAACGACAAUUUCCCGAUUAAUUUGAGCGAGGAUGAAAGAUUCCUGUGUGAGGAUAUUGAUAGCGACGGACUAGAAAAAAAAAAAAAAGAGUAAAAAAAAAACAAAACGCGAUUGCAUUGGGACGGAUUCCGAUGUUUUUAGACACAUUUACUAGGAUAAUUCUGGGAAAUCCCUUAUCUUUCUAUUGUGUUGCCAGUGUUUUAGUGAGUUUAACAGUACCUGAUAGUCGGAAGGGUGUCUCCACGGGUGUCUUGACGCCAGUGUCUCAGGGGAGUCGACGGCAGCUUUAUGGACGGCACAAGCUCAGCUUUUCUCCGCUGAAGGAGUAUGAGCGCAGCAGACAGUCCAGCAGUACUGACACUGCAGAGUGGACUGACGGAUCUGCAGCCAGUCUAAACCAGUCCUCAAACUGCAACCAGUCUCGUGAACAGUCCGACGACGAGCAAUCGGAAGAGUCUGUGAAGUUCAAACGGCUUCACAAGCUGGUUAAUUCUACGCGUCGAGUCAGGAAAAAACUGAUUAAGGUGGAAGAGGGCAAGAAGCAUGGCUCUGAAGACUUCUUAACUGUGGAGUCAGUUCCCACCUGUGACGACAACACAGCGUUGUACACGGGCGUCCUGAAGAAAUCCUACUUUCCCCAGGAGGCCUCCCUCAGCCAGGACCAACUCUCAGUGGAUGGUGAAAAAGACAGCCUGACCACAUCCCCUUCCUCCAGUAGCCUGGACACCUGGUCUGGACACCGGCUGGUCAAGACCUUCAAUAAGUCUUCCAGUACCCACGGACUCAUCCGCCCCCAAAGGAGAACCACCCAGGACGGAUCUGUCUCCGGCGUGGGAGGUAGCGGCUCCUCCUUCUCGGAGCUCGAUGGCUGUGGACUGGACGACGAGGGGAAGUUAUCGCGCUCCACGACCAACAGCGAGAUGCGAAAGGCUUUGAGCUCCAUCUCCCACGGGAGAACAUGCAGCUUUGGUGGCUUCGACUUGACCAAUCGUUCCCUCCAUGUGCUCAACACAGAGGCCCAUAAUAAAGAACAGGAGGCCAUUUACAGAGAGGUGGUCAAGUCCCCCACCACCUCUCGGAUCUCACUGGGAAAGAAGGUCAAGUCAGUGAAGGAGACCAUGAGGAAGCGCAUGUCCAAGAAGUACAGCAGCUCUUUGUCCGAACAGUCCAGUCCAGAUGGAACACCUGGAUCUCCACAGUCCCCACAAACUUACAGUGACUCCCUGGAGAAGCCCAAACUCAAGGCCGGAGGUUCAGUGGAAAGUCUUCGCAGUUCGCUCAGCGGACAAAGCUCAAUGAGCGGUCAAACCGUGAGCACCACCGACUCGUCCGCCAGUAACAGAGAAAGUGUCAAGUCUGAGGAUGGCGACGACGAGGAGCCGCCUUACAGGGGUCCGUUCUGCGGUCGCGCGCGAGUCCAUACGGACUUCACGCCGAGCCCUUACGACACGGACUCCCUCAAACUGAAGCACGGUGAUGUGAUCGACAUCAUCAGCAAGCCACCCAUGGGCACCUGGAUGGGGCUGCUCAACAACAAGGUGGGCACCUUCAAGUUCAUCUACGUGGACGUGCUGAGCGAGGAAGAGGAGAAGCCCAAGCGGCCGAUGAGGAGGAGGAGGAAGAACAGACCACCCAAGCCGACGUCCGUGGAGGAGCUGCUGGAGCGCAUCAACCUCAAGGAACACAUGCCGACAUUCCUGUUCAACGGCUACGAGGACUUGGACACUUUCAAACUGCUAGAGGAGGAGGACCUGGACGAGCUGAACAUCAAAGACCCUCAACACAGAGCUGUGCUGCUCACCGCUGUAGAGCUGCUGCAGGAAUAUGACAGCAGCAGCGACCCGGAACGUGGCGGUCUGCCGGCCUCCCAGGAGAAGCUGCUGUCCGACGGUGGAGGUCUCGUGGGAGACUCCCCGCGGGACUCCGGGUGCUACGAGAGCAACGAGAACCUGGAGAACGGUAAGAGCAAGAAGACGUCCCGUUCCGGUGGCUCUUCCGCCCGCCAGUCUCCGGACUAUCCCACACUCCCCAUGACUACUUCCAGUGAGGCGCUGCAGCAGGACAGCAAGAACCAGCGCACAAAGUUCCCUAAAAGCUUAUUCAGCAGAUCCUCCCUGAAGGCUUUCAACCUGCUGGGGCUCCGCAAAGCCCAAAGACAUUCGCCCGUCGGGACCAGUCGGAGCUGCGAGGACCUGGAUGAACCCUUCCUGCUCACCGCGUCGUGGAAACGCUCCCACUCUCUGGGGGACCUGCACUGGGAACAAAGGACGGACAUGGAGGUUAAAGCUCUGGACGCCAGGAGCCCCAUUAAGGGUUCUCCAAGGACUUCACCAGUGAGUCCAAAACCGAGGCUUGACAGACCACCUGUGCCCUCGCAGUUGCCUCUACGCCCGCCCUGCCCCACCAGCCAAGCCCCCUCCCCUCCAGCGCCAACCUCAAGUCCCCCUGAGUCCACCCCAGGUAAUGAGAGAGUGCUUCGGACUCAUGCCAAAAAGCCACCAGUUCCGCCUCCUGUCCCCGCUAAAAAGUCCAGAGAAAGACUCGCAAACAGUCACUCCCCCCUCUCCCUGCCUUCUUCGCCAUCUCCCACGCCUUCCCCGACACGCUCGCUCACCCGUUCCCAACCGAGCAGCCCCGUGACUCGCUGCAGCGUGAGCGCCGCUCCGCCGCCGCUGCCCGCCAAGACGCCGAGCAGCCCCUGCCACGCCUCGCCGUCCCCCGCAGGAGAGGACGCGGGCGCAUCGCUGCCGCCCCCUUGGCUCUCCGACCUGGGGAGCAAGGUGGCCGUGUCCAGGAAGGUGUCCCAAUCCAAGAUGAGCCCUGACCUGCUCACCCUGCUGGAGCAGCGACUGGAGGCCGAGGGCAUCGAUCUCACGGAGGAGCCUUACUCGGACAAGCAUGGCCGCUGUGGCAUCCCCCAGCCUCUGGUGCAGCGGUACUCUGAAGACCUGCAGCAGCCCGUCAAGGAAGUGGCGUCCAGGGUGGACCAGUUGAGGGUCCGAGAGCUUCGCAAACAACAUCGCAUGGCUAUCCCGUCCGGCGGUCUGACCGAGAUGUGCCGCAGACCCGCGCCCUCAGGCAACAUCAACACUGUCUCCCACUGGCUGGUCUCCAUCGGCCUCCCCAUGUACGCCACGUCCCUGGCGGCGGCGGGCGUCAACUCCGUGAGUGGCGUGGCCUCGUUGACAGAGAGCGGCGCCCGCGGGGCCGGGGUGUGGGACGAAAGACACGCCCGACGCAUGAUAGGCGAGGCUCAGGCGGCGGCCGCGGGCGAGGACGCUGAGUCCUAAACAAGGUGUCAUGAACUCACCUUUUUUAUUUUCAAGGGAGGGACGCUUUCUUACUGAAUUAUUUGCCGUGGAGGACGACAGCAAAUUUUUUUGUAGGACCUGUUUUGUCAAGUCACUUCACAGGUGCUUGAAUUUCUUGUGGAGCAUGUAGCGCCGCCAAAGCAUCAGCGACACACGGGACACAAGAAAUAUUAAGCAUGUGGCUCAAUUAUAUAACAUGUUUCAGUAUGAUACUCUGCUUCAUUUUCUGCCAAGCUGAAAAAUCCCACUGUAUCCAAGCACAUUGAACUAUACAUCGCCUCAGCUUUACAGUGUGAAUGUGUAUGGGAGUCACUUUUUUUAGUAUUGAAUGUGCCCGACCAUUAUUUUUGUUGUAUUUUAACUUAAAAACACCCAUUAUAUGAGAACUUAACAACAACAUCCAAAAAGACACGGCUGAUGUUUGGAAUCAAGCACAAUUUGUGCAGAGUGGAAUCUCUGAAGUGCAAUUGGGCGACAAUGAUGUAUAACUUGGAAAUUCGCUUUUUUAGCACAAGGCACGCCAGUUUGCUAUUGUAACUCAUUAGCAUUUUCACUUAGCAAAUACUUUUUUUUUGUUUUUUUAACAUUUACCAAUUCUUAACUUAUUUUUACACUUGUGUGUACAUUCCUAAGUGUCCUAAGCUCUUAAGAGCAGACCACACGCUAUUAAGCGCCUCCAAAAUGGGAAUUUUACCCAAACUUGUUCCUAGCCCCUUCCUGCUCUGUCACUGAUUAUACAGAUUUCCUUCCGCAUCCACCCUGGCACUGCUAGUGCUUGUCAUAGAAAUGAAUGGUACUGGGAUCGAAACGAAAGUUGAAGAUUUAAAAAAAAUAUAUAUUUAAUUCCUCAGAGGACAAAAAGCUGACUUUGUUGUCAUUUCAGUUCCUGUUGCUGUAUUUUGAGCCAUUAUUUUUUUUUCAGUGUUACUGCAUUCAAAGGUGCACGAUACACUGGCAGUUGUUCCACAACACCCCAAAGCCAAAAAUACAAUUAAAAAAAAAUAUAUAUAUAUAUAUAUAUAUAUAUAUAUAUUUUUUUUUUUUUUUUUUUUUUUUUUUUUUUUUUUUUGGUUAACAUCUCUCAACUUUAGCCCUAAACAAAAAUACCAAACACGCAAUGCUUUUGUUUCAUUCUAACCCUUUUAAAGGCAUUUUAAACAAAUGUUACCACAGUUGUCAUUUAGUAUAAACAUGCAUAACCACAAUCAAUUAUUUUACUGUGUGACAUUAUCUGAUCACAAGGCCUUCGAAACGGUCACAUUUUGAUAAACAUGUUUCUAGUUUUGAUUUAGCACUGAAGUUUAUCUGAAGUUAAAAAAAAAAAAAAAGAUUAUUCCCUUAUGACUUUGAUGUCGUGUUCGGCUUUAAAUAUAAUUCUAAAUAGAAAAUCCGCAAAGGCUUAAUGGUGUUAAAAUUAUUUUCCAGAUUUUCCCAUGAAUUUGUUUAGUGUACAAAGCAUCCAUCUAAUUACAUUUCAAAAGAAAUGAAUAAAAAUGGUUGCACAUAAAUACAAAUGUGUUAAAAAAUUUAUAUAAUUCUGCAUAGGGCCCCUAUGCAUGUCCAAUUUAGCUUGAUUCAACUUUUCCCAAAACCAGGGGUGUCAAACUUAUUUUAGAUGGGGGGCCACAUGGAGAAAAAUCUACUCCCAUGUAAAAUCACGACACGAUAACUUAAAAAUAAAGACAACUUCAGAUUGUUUUCUUGGUUUAAAAAUAGAACAAGGACAUUCUGAAAUUGUACAAAUUCUAAUGUUGUCGGGGUUUUUUUUACACUUACAUGUUGCCGUGAAUCAUUUAUUUGUCGUUAUUUAUAUUUACUGAAUAAAUUAUUUGAUAAUGUUCAUCAGUCAACUCAUUGGUGUUAAUUUUCAAUCUAUCAAAAAGAAAAAAAUAUAUCCAAAUAAAAUGACAGGAUAUUAUUUAUGUAGUUUGAUCAUUUUCCUCGAUUGAUGUACUAACACAGGGGUAGGGAACCUAUGGCUCUAGAGCCAGAUGUGGCUCUUUUGAUGACUGCAUCUGGCGCUCAGAUAAAUCUUAGCUGACAUUGCUUAACACGAUAAGUAAUGAAUAAUUCCGCUGGUAAUCACGAUGUUAAAAAUAACGUUCAAAAUAUAAAACAUUCUCAUGCAUUUUAAUCCAUCCAUCCGUUUUCUACCGCACCUGUUCAAUAAAUAACAAUGUUAUUAAAAAUAAUUAGAGACUUAUUAUACUCUAAAAAUGUUGGUUUUACUUAAAAAAUGCAUGCAUUUAGUUGUAUUCAGUGUUAAAAAAAUAUGAUAUGGCUCUCAAGGAAAUACAUUUUAAAAUAUUUGGCUUUCAUGGCUCUCUCAGCCAAAAAGGUUCCCGACCUGUACUAACAUCAUGUGGUUUACUUUGUACAUAUGUAGCAUCAUCUACAAAGAUACAAAGAAUUGCUAUUGUGACAUCUAGUGGACACUUUUAGAACAGCUGUUUCUUUCGUAAAAAAAGUUCAGGUUAAUUUUUAUACUUAGCAAACUCAUCCUGUGGGCCGGAUAAAACCUGUUUUCGGGCCGAACGUUUGACACCCCUCCCUGAAGCCAAAUCAGAUUUUUUUUUUAAAUGCUUUUAAUUAACUUAUUUUUGUACAUCGUCCUAAAAAAAAUGAGAUUCGUAUUGUGUGAAAAAGACUUAUUUUGUUUUAUCCUUUUGGUACGGUUGUUUUCCAGCUUAGGAGCAAGCCUCGUAGGGGGUGUAAAGGCGUUUGAUUUUACACCUGACGCUCACUUUUUCUACAAUCAUAAGUUAAAAACAACCAUCAUCAAAUGAUUCUACGCGACAUUGAGCUCAGACCAGACCAGAGGUGUCCAAACAUUUCCAGCCAGGGCCACAUAGAGGAAAAAUUGGAAGGAUGCGAGGGCCACUAUUAGACAUUUUGUGUAUGAAAUAUACUCUGACCAAAACAAUGUAGGUGAACAUAUGCCAACAUCCAUCCAUCCAUUUUCUACCGCUUGUCCCUUUUGUUCGCUGGAGCCUAUCUCAGCUACAAUCGGGCGGAAGGCGGUGUACACCCUGGACAAGUCGCCACCUCAUCGCAGGGCCAUAUGCCAACAUUUGAAAAACAUCCUAGCUUUGUGUUAUAUAUAACAAAGCAAUACAAUAAUUCAAUAUUAAUUGUAUUUAUGUUAACUGUGCUUGAAUGUAAGCUUGUAUUUGUUAAUAUUGCUGUUAUAUGGUCAACUGACACACUUUUGCGGGCUUUAGUGCACACAAAAACAUAUGUCACAGGAAAUGUGCACACAUUUUCGUCAUUGACAGGACAUACGGAAAUCAUUUUGAUUUUUAGGUCCCAUUUUUGGGGGGGAUUUGGUCUAAUUUGGGACCUGUUUAGUUUGUCUAUAGCAGGAGUCGGCAACCCAAAAUGUUGAAAGCGCCAUAUUGGAGCAAAAAUACAAAAACAAAUCCGUCUGGAGCCACAAAAAAAUAGAAGCCAUAUUACAUACAGAUAGUGUGUCAUGAGAUAUAAAUUGAAUUAUGAGGACUUAAAGGAAACUAAAUGAGCUCAAAUAUAGCUACAAAUGAGGCAUAAUGAUGCAAUAUGUACAUACAGCUAGCCUAAAUAGCACGUUAGCAUCGAUUAGCUUGCAGUCAUGCAGUGACCAAAUAUGUCUGAUUAGCACUCCACACAAGUCAAUAACAUCAACAAAACUCACCUUUGUGCAUUCAUGCACAACGUUAAAGGUUUGGUUGACAAAAUGAGGCAGAAAAAUAAGUGGCAUAAAACACGUCUUAGAAAGUCGGAGAAAGUUAUACAUGUACACAAACUACGGUGAGUUGAAGGACCGCCAAAAUUAGUAGGACAAAUCGGCGCUCGCCAAAUACUCGAAUCAGUGAAGCAUGUUUAAUACAAACAGUGGGAUUUAUUUUUAUUUAUUAGGUUUAUGUCAUGUUUGUCCUCCUACAGCAGGGGUCGGCAACCUUUACAGCCAUUUUGACCCGUUUCACACUUUAAAGAAGACAAAGGGAGCCGCAAUCAUUCUCGCGAUUAUCUGCUGGUGGUCACCCAUAUAACAGUAAUAAGGGCGUGCCAAAAAGUCAUUGCCUUUGACGCCUUCUACAGACAACUUGCCAGUACAGCAACAUGUUGUAUGUGACUUCCGCAGAUACACGUACACGACUGCAAGGCAUACUGGGUGACACAGAGUACACUGAAGGUUGUGAUAUAAACAAUUUUAACACUCUUCUUAAUAUGCACCACACUGUGAACCCACACCAAACAAGAAUGACAAACACAUUUCUGGAGAACAUCCGCACUGUAACACAUUAUAAACGCAACAUAACAAUUACCCAGAAUGCUAUGCAUCCAUGACUCACGCGAUAUUAUACACCCCGCUAGCACCAACCCCCACCCCUCCCCCCCCCUUCCGUGCGUCGGUUGAGGUUGGCGGGGGUGUAUAAUAUAGUCAGGAAGAGUCAUGGAUGCAAAGGAUUCUGGGUAUUUGUUGUGUUCGCGAGAAUGGUCCUACAAAACCAUAGUAAAACAAAAACUAGAUUUUUUUCCUCUCAUCUUUUUCCAUUUUUCAUAUAUAUUUGAAAAAGCUCCAGAGAGCCACUAGGGCGGCGCUAAAGAGCCACGGGUUGCCGACCCCCGGUCUAUAGAAAGUGCCAGUGAAAACCGAGCUGCAGGCUCACACACACACACACUUUGGACACCCCAUGUCUUAGAUCAGGGGUAGGGAACCUAUGGCUCCAUAGCCAGCUGUGGCUCUUUUGAUGACUGCAUCUGGCUCUCUGAUAAAUCUGAGCUGACGUGUCUUACCACGAUAAGUAAUGAAUAAUUCCACUUGUAAUCACAGUGUUGAAAAUAAUGUUCAAAAUAUAAAACAUUCUCAUGCAUUUUUAAUCCAUCCAUCCGUUUCCUACCGCACCUGUUCAAGAAGUUGCGUUAAUGGUAAGAAGUUAUUUAUUUAUUAUUGGUUAGUGUGGGGCUUGCCCUCCUGGGGUUUUCUUCAGACCCCCAAGCACCGACAUGAGAGCCUGUUUCAGAGUUACAAUAUUGUUUUAAUUUUCAAUAAGUCUCUCAGUUGCUUUCCAGCAAAAAUAUUUCCAGCCCCAACCCAGUCUCUCCUCCUGGCUGCUGCUUAUAACAGAGCGACAGGUGAUUAGAUAACAAGGCCCAGGUGGGCCUUCUACGCACCUGUCGCUGCAGGCCCGCAGGCCACGCCCAUCUCCGAAGUUAGCUUAAGAAUAACAAUGUUAUUACAAAGAAUAAGAGACCUAUUAUACUCUAGAAAUGUUGGUCUUAUUUAAAAAUGCACGUGUUUAGUUGUGUUCAGUGUUAAAAAAAAUAUCAUAUGGCUCUUACGGAAAUAUAUUUUAAAAUAUUUGGCUUUUUGGCUCUCUCAGCCAAAAAGGUUCCCGACCCCUGUCUUAGAUGUUUCAUUAAUCAAUCAAGGUUUAUUUAUCUACCCCUUUAUCACAAGUGUCUCAAAGGGCUGCACAAGCCACAACAAUCAGAUCAGAUCCCACUUCGGGGCAAGAAAAAAAGAUGUUUGGUUCAAAUGUUAUGUAAACAAAAAAAAGGAAGAUAAGUCGAGCAAAAUAUUAUUUGGUGUCCCUUUUUUUUCUUUUCAAAGUGUCUUGACAGGAAGGAAGUUAAAUGACGUCAAAAGCGCUUCGGAGAAAAAUCUAAUUGACUUCAGAGGUUCCACGCUAAAAAAAACCCCAAAAAAACAGUAUUGCUUACAACUUUAUGAUGGAGGGUUUCAAUCGCACAACAGAGGAAAGAGGAGCAACUUAUUUCUACUUGGACGUCAAAUGUGUCCUGCAGACCACCCUUUGAAUGUGCUUCAAUGUGGAUGCUAUGUGUUUUAGAAGGCCAAUGUUGGACACACCACUGGAAUUAGUGAUCAAAAUCAGGGAUUAACUUGAUGCCAACAACAUUUAUUUUUAUUUUUUUUUUUUUCACCACCACCUGGACGACGAUGACGACGCUGUAUUAGAAGCCAGCCAAGAAGACGUGUUUGCCGAGGACUAAAAGAGACUGACACUGUAAAUGCACUUUAGAGGGUGACGUCAACAAACCGCAGCACAAGUCAAUUAGCGACAAUAAUAACCUGUUUUUCCGAGUUGGCGAGCUUUAGUCCACGUAAGAACAACACCUUCUUUGUGUGCUCAAUAAGUUAUUUCCCCACUUUGAAGUGUAAUUAGCUGUACUAUAAGAAAAGCCUAGUGUGUGAUUGUAACAUACCUGUACAAAUAAUUACUUUUGCUUUUUCAGCUUCUUAAUGAUUGUCCAUACACAUUUUGUUUGUGUUUUCAACUCAUUUAAAAAAUUGUAAAAAAAAAAAAAAAGUCAUAUGCAGACUGAUUUGUCAUUCUCAAGUAUAAUAAAAAACUGUUUUGUUGCUA